AUGGACCGGUGAGAAAACCAAAGCAUGGAGGACUUUGCCGGAGUAAAUGCAAGAUUUCUGCUGAUUUUUUCCACCAAUGCCAGAUAGAGAGGUGCUUAACGUUUCAGCUGCCUUGUGUGACAGAGGUUAAAAUAUGACUAUGGAUGAGAACCAGGUCUGACCAUGCUGCUCCGAAAAAUAAUGACUAAAGCCUUUUGAACAGUCCUCAAUAAAGGGAAAUGCUUUCACCUGGAAUACACUUUAAGCAUUUACUUUAUGCUGUCAUGGCUCAUGUUACUUAAGAUAAAUUUAAUCUGUAGUUAAUAGAUUUCAAGUAAACGUCUGCCUAUAACACCCUCCCAGGGGCGUCAAAAAGUGAACCUUUAGCCUCGUCAGUAGCCUACUUUUUUGGGACAUACAUAUGGGAGAGUGGGGUAAGUUGAGCCACCCCCUGUUGCUUGGAAAUGGUAAAAGAAAUUGAUCAUGUGACCAAAUAUUUAGGCGAUGGGCAUCAAUUCAUGGAGUCUGUGAAGGUUAGAAGCACAUGGGUGAAGGGGUUAGACAUGUAUUUCCAGAAAAUACAUUUUUCACUCUUGAAAGUGAAUUUAGUCUGUCAUAAGUUUGAUUAGAAUUGUGUUCAGACCAAAAAAGAUCUUUUUAAGUUUGUUUUAUUCAUCAAUUGUAACAUAAAAAAAAAAAAAAACCUAACAUAAAAGUCCACCAUUUUAGAUUAGAGGACUAAUAAAGUCAUCAUAGUAGUUCUGGGGUAAGUUGAGCCAGUGGCUGAACUGAGAAAGUAAAGCAGUAUGAUGAGAGGAUCAGAGUUUCAGUUCAGAUUGUUGAAAUGUGUUACUUUUUCUUUUCAAAAAUACAGCUGUGAAUGUUCUGAAUCACUUAAAGGCAUUCUCGUGUUAAAAUGACUUUUUACUAAACAGCUUUUUAGCAGUUAUAUACAAUAAUAAUAAAAAGAACUAUUGUACCAGUUGAACAGUGUAUAAUAGAUAAAAAUAAACAUGAAUCUGAAGAAGUGACUGUUAUUUAGGGAGAGAGAGGGUGAGGGAGGGUUGGGGUAGAUAGUGGGAGGGUAGUAGAGAUACAACUCAACUUACCCCGCAUAUGGGGUAAGUUGAACAUAGGAGACCACUUUUUUUGGCAUGCUAUAUUAUCAAGACAGUUAUGUUUACACUCAUUCUAUUGGUUUGCAGGGAUGCGCAAACAUCUUGAAAUUUAAGCAGAUACACUAGUUAUAGACAAAAUUAUGGUUGCCUUGAUGUAGUGAUCUGAAAUAUGAAAAAUGGCUCAUCUUACCCCACUCUCCCCUAUAUGAUUCCUGAAAGCUGCAAUCAGUUAAAAUUUUGAAGGUUUUAGGGCUCAUCUUGAGAUACUAAUGGCUCAGUCAGACACUUAAGUGGUGGAUACUUCUUAAGUGUCACAUCAGUCACAGUUAAAUAUGAUAUCAGUGAUGUUUUUGUGUCUUUCUGAGGCAGAUCUGCCUCUAUGGAGCACUACAAGGCUGCCAUGUUGCUGAGUGGUGUUGGUGAUGCUUUAGGAUAUAGGAACCAGCUCUGGGAGUACAAUGAAUCUGGACCAGCGAUCCACCAGGUCAGUGCCACACACUCCUGAAGUUUGUGACAAAUCUCAAACACUGCUAAAAGUGUAUUUGAUCUCAAAUGUCUGGUUACAUCUUUCAGGAGCUGAAGGAUCUUGGUGGUCUGAAGAACAUCAAGGCUGAACUCCCUGACUGGCCCGUGAGCGACGACACAGUUCUGCAUUUAGCGACAGCUGAGGGGCUUGCGACUGGUGGGCUCAAAUUAUGACAUCAAGCUGUUUUGUUGUCUGAUUUUUGUCUCGUCCAGGCUCAUUUUUUCUCAUACUUGAAAUUGACUGGAUUGAUCUGGUGGUCUGUGCCGUUCUGAUGAAACCUCAUCAGGACUUAAACCACACCCUCCAGCUAAAGGUUAAAUCUAAUUUCCAAUCCUGCUUUGAUUUGCUGCUCCACCGCUGCUCCGCACAAGUGGAGGGAAAAUUAUAGUAAUUCUAUUCGACCUUUAUUUUGAUAAGGCCUUGUUAAAAGAUCUGUCACAUUUUAAAAACUCAAAGAUGGACAGCAUUUUAUAAAGUUCUCCUCUGUAGGGAAGGGGGGUGAAGAGCUCCUGCAUGAGGUGGCUGCUCGAUAUGUAGAGGGAAUGAAAGACAUGGAGGGAAGGAAGCCAGGGCCUUCGAGCAUCUUAGGUGAGACAAAGUUUAAAUUUGAAAAUCAUAUAUUGUUUUUCCAUAAGUGUUGGCGAUCUGACUUUCGUACCAUCUUUAGGAGUCUCUCAGCUGAAGCCUGGUGAGGAGGGAGGCUACAGAGUGCUCUAUAACCCUGAGGGGACAGGCUGUGGAGCCGCCAUGAGGUCCAUGUGUAUAGGUCUCAGGUAAGGCUCACAUCCACUUUCAUCGUGUUCCAGAGGUAUGAAAGUAUUAAGACAGGUUUAAAUCCUACAUUUUUGCUCUACGUUUAUAAAAUAAGGAAAAAAAGAGCAACAACGUAGUUGUGAUUUAUGUUCUAGUGAUUGUUAUUCACAUUUUACAAACAUCUAUACAAAACUAUGCAUACUAUGUGAUACUAUUGUUGGGCUUUAAAUCUAAAUGGAUUUGACAUGUCUUAAAAUGUCAUGAUAUGUCCCCUUCAAAGGUGGGGUAGGCAGGAUCUGAGGAAGUGCCAGUUUUUGGGAGAAAUCUUGAACGUAAACACUACCCCUUCCAACCACUUUCCCCUCAGCUCCUCCUCUACCCUCCCUCUCUGCUCCAGCAAGCCCCGCCCACAAACAGACGCUCCUGCUCGCUCGUAUUGUUCCAGUUAAAUUCCGAUAUAAUGCAGAUAAAUACUUCAGAUAAUUACAAAUGGGGCCGAGUCAAUGUGAAAGUAAAAAGCAUUGGUGCUACAGUAGAUGCCAACAGACUACCAGCAAACACAAUGUUUGCAGGACUUCUACAACUGGGAUAAAGUGACAUAGUCCAGGACCAGAGGUAAACAGUUAAGUGGCGCAACAACACAGACACAGCUUACUUUGUUAAAGCGGUUUACCUGUCCAGCAGAAAGGUUACAGGGUCUGGAAGAUCCCAAAGAUCCCCCAUCGUUUAUGCUGAUGUUGACCCGGCUUCUUAGCUCUUGUCCGGUCUACCUCCUUUUUAAGCGCCCAUUGUUCCGCCACAGUCUCCGGUAUUUACUUCGUUCUCUUGCUUGGGUUGGCAGUCAUGGCUAAAGGAGGAUUCAGACAAUUUUCUUUACUUUCUGGUUGGUUUCUUCUGUCCGAUAUUGUGGCACGCUAACUUUGUUUGGGCUCAUGAACGACGCGGGGGGAGCAGCAUCCGCCUCACAACCAAUCAGGUCAGGGAGGUGGAGAACGGCUUUGUUUACAGUCAGAAAGAGCAGGCCGCUCAAAAAAUGUAAGAUGUUGAAUACACAGACAUAACAAAACACAUUGAUAUUGUUAUAUUACCAAAUGUCAUCAAUAACUAAUAGCUAUUGACUGAUAUUAAAAGCUUUUUUGUGUAUACAGCACAAAAAAAAGAUGCUUCUUUAACAGAAUCCUGCCUACCCUACCUUUAAUGUCACUUAGGAUUAUGGAUCUGUUUUUUUUUGUAGGAAAUGGACAGUAGUUUGUGGUGUGGUCAAAAAAAAAAGAGAUGACUAAACAUUUCAAUUUAAAUUAACAUGAGGCAUGUUCCUGCCGCUCAGAUUAGCCAAAAUAAUUAAAAGCAAAUGCAUUGUGAAAUACAUUCCUUUGUCCGUUAAGUAGAAAAUGACAAAUAGAUAAAUAAUAGAGACUGACAGCCAGUAAAAAAGGGUAUGUAGAUUCAAUUAAAGCAUGAAAAGAAGUCAUUACUCCUAAUAUUUAUAUUUUUGUUUAACAUAGAGCUAAUACAGAAUACAGAAUAAAUUCUGCUCAACCCUGUCAUUGACUCUAUUAGUUGAAUGGAUAGAGACUCAAUGUUAAUAUGGACGUCCAAUGUUUUUCCUCACCAGGUACCCAAAGCCUGACCAGCUCUUGUCGUUAGUGGCAGUUGCCGUGGAAACAGGCAGGAUGACCCAUCCUCACCCCACAGGUUUUCUGGGCGCAGUAGCAUCAGCCCUUUUCACCGCGUACGCUGUCCAGCACAGGCCGAUCACAACGUGGGGGCUCGGCCUGAUCAACGAGGCCUGUCCAAUAGCAAAGAAUUUCGUUCAGGGUCGAGGCUACGCUGUGGAAGAGACAGAGAGAGACUGGGGAUACUUCACUGAGAAGUGGCAAUGGUACAAGUCAGCCUGUACUAUACUGUAUGAAGUGCUGAGAAAAACAGAUAAUGCUGAAUAAAUAUACACAUUUUGGAGCACUGUAUGCCAACAUCUAGAGAAUCUCCUUCCUACCUACCUUCAUCCACAGGUACCUGGACACGAGGGGCAUCUCUAACGGGGUUGGCCCUGCGAUCUGGCCUUCCGCCUACGGCCCAGCUGAGAGAGAUGAAGCUUACAAGAGCUUUAGCCUGUCAGGGUGGGCCGGGCGCAGUGGUCAUGAUGCUCCCAUGAUAGCCCUGGAUGCCUUGCUGGGUGCAGGCUCAGACUGGGAGGAGCUAAUGAGCAGAGCAGCUUUCCAUGGAGGUCAGAGAAUCACACAAAAAGAAAAGUUUGGGGUUGUUUUUAAAGCUUGGGGGGAGAUUAACUUUACCAUAGUUGAAUCAAACCCUUAUAAGAUUAAACAUCAAAGUAUUGUCCGGUCUUUCCUGAACCUGACUGUGCCGUUCAUUAUGUCCCCAGGUAUCAAGCAUCAUCUUUAGUCCUAGCAAAGCCUACUUGUAUAGCUCAGUAAUCUCUGAACUUCUUUAACUCAAGUUUGACCUAAAAAUAGUUGGUUUAACCGCAAGGCAUGACUCAUUACUGGAAGUGACCACAUGAAUACAAAGUAUUCACUCAAGCUUUAUGACAGUCCAAAAAGAUCUACUGAGGUUAUAAGCAGAAACUCUCUUCAGCUUCAUCAUCACACAUCUUUAUUUUCUUUUUAUUUCUCCUCUCUUCCUGCUCAGGCGACAGCGACAGCACUGCGGUGAUUGCAUGCUGCUGCUGGGGUCUCCUCUACGGCACCAAGGGGGUCCCAGAGUGCAACUACAGCAACCUGGAAUACAAGGAGCGACUGGAGCGCUGUGCCGAGCAGCUCUAUGCCCUGUCACACUGA